GUGGGGUGGGCUGAAACGUUUUACAUGAGGAAAUAGAUCCAAACGCAAAAACAGUCGAUUAUUAUCGUUGUUCGAGAAGUGUCGAGUUUAAAAAUAAAAAUGUACAGAGCUGCGUUUCUCCUCGCGCUCGUCUCUUCAGUCAGUCCUGCUGCGGACGCGUUGGACAAUGGGCUGGCGCUGACACCCACAAUGGGCUGGUUGCACUGGGAGAGAUUCUUGUGUAAUAUCGACUGUGACAAGGACCCCGAUAACUGCAUCAGCGAGCGUCUGUACAUGCAGAUGGCAGAUGUGAUGGUGAAGGAGGGCUGGAAAGAGGCCGGUUACGAGUACGUCUGCAUCGAUGACUGUUGGCCCUCCCACCAGCGUGAUGCCCAGGGCCGCCUGCAGGCAGACCUCAAAAGAUUUCCGGGGGGCAUCAAGAAACUGGCCAACUAUGUCCAUUCUAAGGGACUGAAGCUGGGUAUCUAUGCAGAUGUGGGGAAAUAUACCUGCGGUGGAUACCCAGGCAGUCUGGGCUACUAUGAGACAGAUGCUCAGACUUUUGCUGACUGGGAUGUGGAUCUACUAAAAUUUGAUGGCUGCUACAUGGACUGGACCCUUUUGGGAGAGGGCUACGUGAACAUGUCGAAAGCACUGAACAAAACCGGAAGGAGCAUCCUGUACUCCUGUGAGUGGCCUUUGUACGAGUGGCCUUAUCAACAGCCCAACUACACAGCCAUUCGUGAAACGUGCAACCAUUGGCGCAACUUCGCUGACGUGUAUGACUCAUGGAGCUCUGUCAAGUCCAUCUUUGACUGGACUGCUUCUCAUCAAGACAUCAUUGUCCCCUCAGCUGGACCUGGGGGCUGGAAUGACCCCGAUAUGCUCGUGAUUGGGAACUUUGGCCUGAGUCACGCCCAGCAGGAGUCUCAGAUGGCGUUAUGGGCCAUCAUGGCAGCCCCUCUUCUCAUGUCUAAUGAUCUGAGGGACAUUUGUCCUCGCUCCAAGGAGUUGCUGCAGAACAAACACAUCAUAGCCAUCAGCCAAGACGUACUGGGCAAGCAAGGAUACCGCACUGUCAAGGUGGACAAUUUUGAGGUGUGGGAGAGGCCUCUGUCGAAGAACAGACUGGCUGUCGCUGUGCUAAACAUGUGGGAGAUCGGUGGUCCCCGAGGGUUUGUCAUCAGAGCAGUUCCUGGCUGGAAGAUCUGUGACCCCCAGUGUAACGUCACACAGAUCCUGCCUCAGUACAAAGAAAUGGGUGUUCAAAUUCCACAAAGCAAAAUGGUUUUAUCUGUCAACCCUUCAGGCACCGCUCUACUGACUGUCACUCCCAUCAGUAGCGACUUUAAUAGCCUUCACAAGCUGCACUGGCAGGACACGUCAGUCCAACGCAAGCGCACCAUUUUGUAGCGGUGUGGGCGAUUAUGCACUUUUGCUGCCUACACUAUAAAAUUGUUCUUUUAAAAUUUUAGUUUCUAAAUGUAAUAAAGGGGGAAAUGUUUUAGUCUAUAAAGUCUGCUUUAAUACCACAAGAGGUGGACAGAUGAUACCGAAGGUAGUUUCACAACACUGUGCAGGAGCUUCUUUCAAACAGUAUCACAUGACUGACAGUAUCUGAAGCUUCAAACGUUACUGGUGCUUCGGAGAACGCUUCAGUUUGACAGUUUCAGCAAAUGAGUGGGAUAAGAAAUUACUGAUGUACAUAAAAUAUGAAAAACUGAAAAUAUUCCAUCCCAAUACCAUGUAACAAAUUUUCUCAAGUUAUAUAAAUUGUGACUAAGAAAUGACAAGCCAUGAAGUUUGAAAACAUGAUCCCACCACAGUAGUGACCAAAUUACACUGAAAGCAAAAGUAUUAUCCAAGCUUUCUGCACAUCGAUAAAUAAUUCAGCACUUCUGAACAAGUUUAAUAGAUUUCUUCAAUUUAUUGCAUACAUAAGACAAACUUAAUUUGGUGGUGCUCCAGCCUUAGAAGGGCUACUAUAAGUUUUACAAGCCACCAGGUGUCCCCGUUUUCUCAGUUUGAAACCCCAAAGCUUCAGGCUUCUUCUGUCCAUCAUGACAGUACGGUUUCAUCUUGUUAAAUAAGUCACUGGUAAUUGUUUUUGCACACUUGCUGUGAAAUGUCCAAACUAGGCUGCUAAUAGGUCAAAUUAUGUUGAUAACAAAACAUCUGACAAGUAUUGUGAAACAGAGGUAAAGAAGAGGCCAAACACCAAAGUAUGUUUUCAGACAUUUAUUGAAAAUAGUGACAGCUUCCUCCAGAAGACGGAGCCACAGUUUAGAACUGGAUGACCUGGCCCUGUAAGAGAACAGAUAAAAACCUUAGUUAAAAUGAUGCUUAAACAUGUUGUCAGUGAUGUAUGGUUUACUCUAAAUGCUGCUGGAAAUGACUGAUUAUGAAUUUAUGCAUUAUAUUCAAAUAAAGAUGGUUUUGAAACAGUC